AUGAGCCCCGAAUCUGCUUGUGCGAAGAGUACUGACUGUCAGCAGUUUUCAAAUCUUCUCGGCAGCGUAUAUCGCAAAGGCAAUCUUAUAUACACGGAUGAUGGCACAUGUCUACUGUCGCCUGUCGGCAAUCGCGUGACCGUCUUCGACCUCAUCAACAAUAAAUCACAUACUCUACCGUUUGCACAUCGGACCAACGUUGCACGGAUAGCGCUACACCCUCGGGGACAACUGCUAUUAACAAUCGAUGAAGGCGGCCAAGCAAUCCUCAGCCACUUUCAGAGGCGGAUUGUGUUGUAUCGCUUUUCGUUACGAGACAAGGAGAACCGGUCCAUCUCGGCAUUAGCCUUCUCGCCUAGCGGAACACACUUCGCUGUGGCAAUUGGCCGCAAGAUCGAGGUGUGGCGAACGCCGUCUACGCCAGGCUCCCACGAGUCAGCGGAAAACGAAGACGAGGACGGAGGGCUAGAGUUCGCGCCUUUCGUACGAUAUCGACAGUAUGUCUCACAUUAUGAUAGUGUGCAGAGUAUCGAGUGGAGUAGCGAUUCGAGAUUCUUCCUAUCCGCAAGCAAGGACUUGACGGCACGAAUAUGGAGCUUAGACCCUGAGGAAGGUUUUACACCCACCACGCUUGCCGGGCAUAGGACCGCAGUAUAUGCUGCCUGGUUCAGUAACGAUCAGGAGACCAUUUGGACCAUCUCCAAGGACGGCGCUCUCUUUCGAUGGCAGUAUCUACCACCGCCAGACGUCGAUCUCGAAAUGGUGACAGAAGAUGAUGAGCGAUGGCGAAUCAGCGAGCGACAUUACUUCUUCCAGGACCAAGCAAAUCUCACGACGGCAGCAUUCCACGCGCCAUCGAAUCUAUUGGUGACAGGGUUCUCAAAUGGCUUGUUCAUGCUGCACGAGCUGCCAAGCUUUAGCGAGAUACACAAGCUCUCGAUUUCAGCAUCGAAGAUUGACACAGUCUCGAUCAACAAAUCAGGGGAGUGGCUUGCCUUCGGCUCUUCUGCGCUUGGACAGCUGCUAGUGUGGGAGUGGCAAUCCGAGUCUUAUAUAUUGAAGCAGCAAGGACACUUCGACAGCCUGAACGCACUCACAUACAGCCCUAGCGGCGAUCGUGUCAUCACUUGUGCAGACGAUGGCAAAAUCAAGGUCUGGGACACGGCUUCGGGAUUCUGUAUUGUCACGUUCACCGAGCAUACAUCUGGCGUGACAGCGUGUGAAUUCGCUCGUCGUGGGAACGUACUGUUCACGGCUUCACUCGAUGGCAGUGUAAGAGCAUUUGACCUCAUCCGGUACAGAUGUUUCAGGACCUUCACUGCGCCAAAGAGGCUCAGCUUUAGCUCCAUUGCAGUCGACCCUGCCGGUGACGUGGUAGCAGCUGGUAGCUUAGACGACUUCGACAUUCAUAUCUGGAGCGUACAGACUGGUCAGCUAUUAGAUCAGCUCUCCGGCCACGAAGGUCCUGUGGCCUCUCUAGCAUUUGCGCCAAACGGCAGUAGUUUGGUAUCUGGUUCUUGGGAUAGGACUGUCAGGAUAUGGUCUGUCUUUGCUCGAACACAGACCUCCGAGCCUUUGCAGCUGCAGGCGGACGUCCUUUGUGUUGCCGUGCGGCCGGACAGUAGACAAAUCGCUGUUUCCACCCUUGACGGCCAGCUGACCUUCUGGUCCAUGAGCGAGGGCACACAAGAAGGCGGGACGGAUGGCCGGCGAGAUGUCUCCGGUGGUCGCAAAGUCUCUGAUCGGCGUACUGCGGCUAACGUGGCCGGCACGAAGAAUUUUAAUACGAUCACGUACUCUGCCGAUGGUAGUGUCGUACUGGCAGGCGGUAAUAGCAAGUAUAUCUGCCUAUAUGCCGUCGAGACUGCUGUGUUACUGCACAAGUAUACCGUCAGUGUCAAUCUUAGCCUAGAAGGCACGCAAGAAUUCCUCAACUCGAGACUACUAACAGAAGCUGGGCCUCAAGCACUUCCCGACGAGGUAGGCGAGAACUCGGACCUCGAAGAUCGACUAGACAAGAGUCUACCUGGGAGCAAGAGGGGCGACGCGGCGCAACGUAAGACGGCACCUGCUGUCCGUGUACCGGGCGUGGCAUUCUCCCCUACAGGGCGUGCCUUCUGUGCCGCGAGCACGGAAGGUUUGCUAAUCUACAGCGUUGAUUCGGGUGUACAAUUUGAUCCUUUCGAUCUGGAUGUCGAUGUCACACCCGAAAGCACGCUCAAGACGCUCGCUCAGCGACAAUGGCUGAAAGCACUCGUCAUGGCUUUUCGACUCAAUCAUCCAAAGCUCAUUACUCGUGUCUACCGCGCUGUACCCACAUCAGAUAUCGGGCUCGUGGUCCGAGACCUACCACGAGUCUAUCUCGAUCGACUGCUCAGGCAUGUUGCGAAAGAGGUAGAUACUUCACCGCACAUGGAGCUGAACUUCCUAUGGUUGGAAAGCCUGCUGCGGCAGCACGGUAGUGUGUUGAAGGAGAAGCCUGGAGAGUUUGCAGAGGUCGUGAGGAUGGUGCAGAGGGCAGUCGGCAGGAUACAGGGCGAGGUCAUGAGAGUCGCGGAUGGGAAUGCUCGGACAGUGGACUAUUUUCUUGGGCAGCCGAGGGUUGGUGGCACUGGUCUUCAGCAGAAGAAGCUUACGGAUGGUCACUCAACGAACGAUGCAGAAAUUGGAGACGAAGAUGAGGAUGAGGAGAUGGUAGGUGGGGCUGAUGAGUGGGUCGGUCUGGAAUGA